GUCCCUGGGGGCGGGGCCUGUCCUUUCGCUUCAGGGUUUGCUCGGGCGCCAGCCCCGCCAGCCUCACCUGCGGGUCACGUGGCCCACGCCGCUCGCGGAGCACCUGAGGGCGGAUCCCGAGCGCGGCUUGGCUUUGAAGUGAAUGGGGCUGCGCCUAUGGGCCAGUUUAGCAGCAGCAGCUGCAGGUGGGGAGUACAACGGGGGGAACUCCCACCUGCCAGCGUCUGAGCCCUCGGUUUCGCUGCAUCUGGGUUUAAGUGCGCGAUAAGGACGGGCCUGGACCUUAACUGGAGCGAGGCACGGUUGUGCUGCAGCCCCGCGCCGGGAAAGGCCCGGCACCCCACCGGCCGUGGAGUGAGCGCCGGGCUCCGAGGCCGCCUUCCCGCCUGGGUCACCAGACCGCAGAGGCCCGUCUGGCUCUCAGAGUUGGGCAAAUUCUUGAUCCCUGCGUGCGGGGGGAGAUAUUUUACUUCAAAUAAAGAACAUGGUGAAACUAAUUCACACAUUAGCUGAUCAUAGCGAUGAUGUCAACUGCUGUGCCUUCUCCUCUUCCCUCUUGGCUACUUCCUCCUUGGACAAAACAAUUCGCCUGUACUCCCUAAGCGACUUUACGGAACUGCCACUCUCUCCUUUGAAGUUUCAUACCUAUGCUGUCCACUGCUGCUGUUUCUCCCCUUCGGGACAUAUUUUGGCUUCAUGUUCAACAGAUGGUACCACUGCCCUUUGGAAUACUCAAAAUGGACAGAUGCUGGCAGUGAUGGAACAGCCCAGUGGGAGCCCUGUGAGAGUUUGCCGCUUUUCCCCAGACUCCACCCGUUUGGUAUCAGGGGCAGCUGAUGGAACUGUUGUUUUGUGGAAUGCGCAGUCAUACAAGUUACAUAGAUCUGGUAGUGUUAAGGAUGGCUCCUUGGUGGCCUGUGCAUUUUCUCCUAAUGGAAUUAUCUUUGUCACUGGCUCUUCAUGUGGAGAUUUAACCGUGUGGGAUGAUAAAAUGAGGUGUCUAUAUAGUGAAAAAGCACAUGAUCUUGGAAUUACCUGCUGCGACUUUUCUUCACAGCCAGUUUCUGAUGGAGAACAAGGUGUUCAGUUUUUUCGAUUAGCAUCAUGUGGUCAGGAUUGCCAGAUCAAAAUUUGGGUUGUUUCUUUUACCCAUAUCUUAGGUUUUGAAUUAAAAUACAAAAGUACACUGUAUGGGCAUUGUGCUCCUGUUCUGGCUUGUGCUUUUUCUCAUAAUGGGCAGUUGCUAGUCUCUGGAUCAGUGGAUAAGUCUGUCAUAGUGUAUGAUACUAAUACUGAGAAUAUACUUCACACAUUGACUCAGCAUACCAGGUAUGUCACAACUUGUGCCUUUGCACCCAAUAUUCUUUUACUUGCUACUGGUUCAAUGGACAAAACAGUGAACAUCUGGCAAUUUGAUAUGGAAAGACUUUGCCAAGCAAGGAGCGCAGAAGAUCAUUUGAAGCACUUUACUGAAGAUUGGUCAGAAGAUGACGUCUCAGCGUGGCUUUGUGCACAAGAUUUAAAAGACCUUGUUGAUAUUUUCAAAAUGAAUAACAUUGAUGGAAGAGAACUGUUGAAUCUUACAAAAGAAAGUCUGGCUGAUGAUUUGAAAAUUGAAUCUCUAGGGCUGCGUAAUAAAGUACUGAGGAAAAUUGAAGAGCUCAGGACAAAGGUGAAAACCCUUUCUUCUGAAAUUCCUGAUGAAUUUAUAUGUCCAAUCACUAGGGAGCUUAUGCAAGAUCCUGUCAUUGCAUCAGAUGGCUAUUCAUAUGAAAAGGAAGCAAUAGAAAAUUGGAUAAGCAAAAAGAAACGUACGAGUCCAAUGACAAAUCUUGUUCUUCCUUCAACAGUUCUUACCCCAAAUAGGACUCUGAAAAUGGCCAUCAAUCGAUGGCUAGAGACAUAUCAAAAAUAAAAUUGUUUAUAUUUUCUCAGUGAUCUCAUUUGAAUGAGUUAAAGGUAAUCAGAUGUUAUUAAAAGCAAAACAGGAGAAAGGUAAACUUCUUAAAUUUAGUUACCUAUAAAAAACUACUAAUAUUUUAAAAAUACAUGGGCUAAAUAACACAUCUAAUCUCUUUUCUACUUUUAUUGUGAAAACUGUUUUGUACCUGUAGAGAAAUAAAGUCUUAUUUUGAUUUUAAAUUGCAA